GAACUUGCCUUUCUUUGUUAAAAAAAUUCACUUGUAACCGUAGCCCAAAAAACCCUUUUGUCCUUUUGUCUGAAAAUCACAUCAUAAAUUACCCCAAAACAAGAGAAACAAAAAAAUAAUAAACAAAGAUAAAGGUGUGAGCUUUAAGGGAUCAGAUUGAGAAGAAUUCAAGAGAAGUGAGGAGUGGGGGAAGAAGAAAAGGCAGAGUUCUUUUUUUCUGCAGAACGCGAGGGAGAUGAAUUCCCUCAUCCUCUGUAAUCCCAUUCGGACAAGAAGAAGAACAACUGGAGAGUAUUGAAGGAGAAUCAGUCAUUAAUCGGAUUUCGUCUUUACUUCUGAAAGUGAUCAUCAGCUAUGGCGGUUGAAAGAGUUCAUCAUCCACGUCGUUUGUUACUUGAGACGCAAGCGACCGCGACGCUUUCUCCUUCGGAUACAAACCCUAGAAUCAGAUCAGGCUCAUAUAACAGCAACGGCAAUGGCAAUGAAGCUAACUUGGACACAAACAUGGUGAUAAUAUUGGCCGCUCUUCUCUGUGCUUUGAUCUGUGCCCUCGGACUCAACUCGAUCCUGCGCUGCGCGUUGCGAUGCAGCAGAAGAUUCGCGGAGGACGACGCAAACGCAAACGCGGGCACAGCUGCGCGGUUGGCGGCGGCGAGGGGUCUGAAGAAGCGGGCGUUGAAGAAAAUCCCGGUGGCUGCGUACAGUUCAGGGCUCGACAUGAAAGCAACAGAGUGUCUGAUCUGUCUCGGAGAGUUCUUUGACGGCGAGAAAGUUAGGGUUUUGCCCAAAUGCAACCAUGGCUUCCAUGUCAGAUGCAUUGAUACUUGGUUGCUGUCGCAUUCUUCCUGCCCCACUUGCAGACAGUCGCUGGUGGAUCCGCCUCCGCCGGCGACGGAGGCGGCAGCUAGUUCCCGGGAAGCCGACGUGGCGGGGCCGCCGCCGCCGAGGUAG